AUGAAAUACAGCGCUGCUCGCACCGUGGUAGCCGACACCACUAGCGCAGAGAAGAUCUUCGAAUCCUUAAGUGCGGUCGUUGUCCACCGUGCAUUAUAUGAUUGUCCCGAAUGGGGCCCUCGGCAUAAACUUGAAUGCCUAGAUGGCACCUGCACGAAAAUCUUGGAAGAAAUUGAGACAACUCUGCAGGCAAGCAAGAGUACGCUGAUUUGGCUCUCUGGCUCUCCCGGGACAGGGAAAUCUGCGAUUGCUCAUACAAUCGCCAGCCGCCUCAAAAAAAAGUCGAAAUUGGCUGGCACGUUUUUCUUUAGCCGCCAACAUAAGGAUAUACCAGGAAUGACCAGCCUUGAUUUCUUUGCGCCUACCUUGGCCUACCAAAUUUCGAAAAGUAAACACCUGGCCAAAGACCCUGUGGUCCAAUCCAUUAGAUCCGACCCUGCUAUCCUUGAUCCAAGGAAGCCGCUUGCUGAUCAAAUACAAGAACUGCUAGUUAAGCCGUUACAGAAUUUGCAGGUCUCGUGGGGGCAUUUGGAACCAAAGGUCCUUGUAAUUGAUGCGGUUGACGCAUGCGAAGAAGGACGCAUCUGCGAGCUCAUUUCAUGUCUUUCGAAUCUCCUCCAACAGCCGCGUAUCCCCCACUUACACAUCGUCAUCACUAGUCGUCCUCUUCACACUAUCGAUGAUGCAUUCGAAGCCAUUGGCCGCGAAGAGUCGAUACAUCACAUCACUCUCGAUGAUGUUGAUGCUGCUGAGGACUUUCGUCUCCUCUUCAAGCACGCUCUUGAGAAGAGUUAUAGGAUUCACGGUCUCGAAUGCCCUGAAUUGGAGUCCGAUGAUGAGACAAUCCUCUGUCUCGCUGAUAGGGCAAACGGUCGAUUUGGAACUGCAUCGAUGAUGAUGAAGUUUCUCGAGCACGAUGACGAGGACGAAGUGCCAUACGAUCUAGAUGAAAAAAUCAACCUUAUGAAAAAUCCUGGUGAUGCAUAUCUUCAUUCCACCCAAAUAUUCCGGUUCUACGAGUUCGUCAUUAACUCCUCAGAAAAUCCAACUCGUGCAUACCGGCAUCUAUCCACGGUGGUCAAUCUCGCCGAACCAUUAGCAAUUCUGCACUUGCGGAAGCUCCUAGGAUCUUCAGAAAGUGAUUUAUCGUCCAUUCUCGUGUCAUUAUCCCCAAUAGUCAGCGUCCCUGCCGACGAUUCUUGCCCUGUCAAGGUUCUCCACAAGGAGUCACUUUGCAAGUUUCUCUCCCGACAUUCGUCUUCGUCAUGCGCAUCUCAGCUCCUUGCGCAGUCCAGUCUGCGGACGAUGAAAAGUUCAUUCUUGCGCCAGUCCGGUCUCAAGGAUGAGCUACAACGAAUGGUGCCACUGACGAAAACACCUAUUGCAGGUCCACAAUCAAAUAAUAUUUUGAUGGUUUUCAUUAAGUUUUGCUUGGCACCGCCAUGCAACAAGGCCAUAUAUGCGGCCGCAUGGUAUCGUGAAUAUACGCAGUCAGGGACUGGCACUCCUUACUGUGCUCCGCCUAGUGCCAAGCUCUGUAAUAUGUCUGAGGACAUAUCAAAGGCUCAGUCGGCACUGAAGGAAUUCCAAGCGAAACCUGAAUUUCGCAACUUACACGUGUUCGAACUCUUGUCAACAUUACAAGAUCUACCAAAAUUUUUGAUCAUCGUGAUACUCUUGGCAAUUCGUCACGCUCACCCUCCCGCCUCCCAUAUUAUCAAUUCGAUAGACGGAUCCGAUGACCAGUCGAAUAUGCCUGCGGCGCUUAAGCACUUCAUCCAAUACCUACAGGAGGGAAGCGAGCGAAAUGUAUCCAGCUCACCAGCCCUCAAGCAUGCUUGCCGGCAUUGGGGUUUGUAUCUCUCUCGGGAAACGACGGUCGUAGAUGAACGUCUACGUACAUUUCUUCGUGCCUUUUGGCGGGAUAAACUGCUGUCAUGGUUUGAAAGACAGUGGUACUUGGAGGGUUUAGAAUCAUGCAUAGCCAUCCUGAAAAUUGCACAGACCAUUGAUUUCAAUGAGUAA